UUCUGCUGUUAAUUAGUACUCAUUUGUAUUCAUUUCUUUGUUGGGUUCUUCUUCUCCAAGACUCUGAAUCUUUCUUUCACUCUCCCAAAAGGUCUUCCACUUUUUGUUGUUUUCUUUUUCCUUUUGAAUGGGCGAAGCAGUAGUGACCCCAAACAACGAUAUGCCAACUCUUCCAAGAACUCCGCCGCCAACGAUCGGUUCGUCGUUGAUUCCGGUGAUCAACAAGCUUCAAGACAUUCUUGCUUCUUCUGGUGCCGAACUGUCUGAUAUUUCGGUACCGCAGGUGGCGGUGGUUGGCAGCCAGAGCAGCGGUAAAUCGAGCGUGCUCGAGGCGCUAGUUGGCCGUGAUUUUCUGCCUCGGGGCUGCAAUAUUUGUACUCGAAGACCACUGGUUUUGAUGUUAGAGAACCAUCCUCCAAAUUCAGGUGACGAGAGCAGUGAAUGGGGUGAGUUUCGCCACUUACCCGGCAGCCGCUUUUAUGAUUUCUCCAAAAUUCGUCGAGAAAUCCAGGCUGAGACGGAAAGAGAAGCUGGUAGUAACCAAGGGGUUUCAGAAAGUCAUAUUCGAUUAAAGAUUUGCUCCCCGAAUGUCCUUAACAUGACACUUAUUGACUUACCUGGCAUUACCAAGGUUCCUGUGGGAGAUCAACCUAGUGAUAUAGAAGCAAGAAUUAGAAAUAUGAUUAUGGCAUACAUCACCAAUGAAAAUUGUAUCAUAUUGGCUGUUAGUCCGGCAAAUUCUGAUUUAGCUACAUCUGAUGCGCUACAGAUAGCUAAAUUAGCUGAUCCAACUGGUUCUCGGACAGUUGGUGUAAUCACCAAGCUUGAUAUAAUGGACAGGGGUACCAACGCCUGUAACUUUUUGCUUGGUAGAGUGGUUCCACUUAAACUUGGUUAUGUUGGUGUUGUAAAUCGCUGCCAGGAGGAUAUUAAUAAAAACCGUAGCAUUCGAGAAGCACUUGCAUAUGAGGAACGCUUCUUCCAUGAUCAUCCUGUGUAUAAUGGUGUUUCUGAUCGUUGUGGCAUUCCUCAAUUGGCGAACAGGCUGAAUCAGAUCCUAGAGCAGCAUAUCAGAAGGGAUCUCCCACAUUUGAAGGCUGAGCUAAACUCUCAUAUGCGUGCAGUUAUGAAAGAGCUGCAGAUGUAUGGAAAAGUUGUAGAAUCAAAGUCAGAACAAGGAGCAAUUUUAUUGGACAUUCUUAGAAGAUACUGUGAUGAUUUUUCUGCUAUGGUUGAUGGAAAAAGUGAAGACAUGUCAACUAAAGAGUUGUGUGGGGGAGCCAGGAUCCACUACUUUUUUCAGUCAAUGUUUGUCAAGCCCUUAGAGGAAAUGGACCCUUGUAAUGGUCUGACUGACGAGGAUAUUGCAUAUGCCAUUAGGAAUUCCUCUGGUCUAAGAAAUGUUCUUUUUGUGCCAGAGGUUCCAUUUGAAGUUUUGGUUAGAAGACAAAUAGCUCAGUUGUCAGACCCUUGUCAUCAAUGUCUACGGAUUGUCCAUGAUGAACUGAUAAAGAUCAGCCAGGCUUGUGAGUCAAAUGGAUUGCAGAGGUUCCCAUCUUUAAGAAGGCGUGUAAAUGAAGUUGUACGGAAGUUUUUAGAUGAUGCUGCUAAGCCUGCUGAGAGUAUGAUAGGAAACCUCAUUGAGAUGGAGAUGGAUUAUAUAAAUUCUUCACAUCCAAGUUUUAUUGGUGGGAACAAAGCUGUUGAGCUUGCUGUGCAGCAGAUGAGAUCAUCACAGGAGAGAGUGGAUAUUGAAAGGGUACCUAUGUCUGAAAGGAGCCAGCUAUCCUGGACUGUUGCUGCUAAACCGGUUGUGAAUGGUGCGCCUAACCAGGGAAAUCGUCCUCAGUCAAAUAAUGAGAGACCUGCAUUAGCCGGUGGUAGUUCAUCUCUAAGGACUUGGGGUAUUUCAUCAAUAUUUGGGAGCAAGUCAUCAUCUGUAGAGAGUCCAGCUAAUGGAUCUCCUGUAGAAACUCUUCAUGAAGUAGAGCAGAGGUCAUCAACAAUCCAACUGUGUGAGCCUCCCUCAAUCUUAAGACCACUUGAAAUGUCAGAGAAUGAAGCAACGGAAAUCAUUAUCACUAAAUUACUUGUGCAAUCCUACUUUGAUUUAGUCCGGAAGAACAUUCAAGACUUAGUGCCAAAAGCUAUAAUGCACUUUCUGGUCAAUCAUACAAAAAGGAACCUUCAUAACACUUUUAUACAAAUAUUGUACAGAGAGAACCUUUUUGAAGAACUAUUACAGGAGCAGGAUGAGGUUGCUGCAAGAAGAAAGCAUGCCCAAGAAAUGUUGCGUGUUUUGCGGCAAGCUGUUAAGAUGCUUGGUGAAGUUGACUCUGAUGUGGAGUCCCAACAUAGGACUACAAACUCAGGUCCUGAUGUUAGUACUGGGUUGCCAAGGUUUCCGGACGUAACCAACAGUGGGAACAGUUCAUCUUAUCUAUCAUCAUCCAGUAAGCCCAGAGCUCUGAAACUGCUAUAUUCAGAAUAGCCAUCAUCUCUCAACUCUAGUGGUAAACUUAACUAUUAGGUGGUUGGAAUGCGUGUCCCAACUGAUUGAAUUAGCUGCCAGUGGGGUGAUUGAUGCAUCCCAUGAACGAUGGCUUAUUCCUGGUUUACAGAGCUUCAUAUAUUAAAGUGAAAUUUGGCUCAUUAGGUUUGCACGAGUAGGGUGAUCAAUGCAUCCUGUUAAUGAUGGCUCAUUCCUCGUUUACCAAGUUUCAUACAUUAAAGUGAACUUUGCUAUUUCAAUAUUCUUUUUCUACACAAGGGGAAGGUAUUAUUUGACUGUUGAGUUUGAUUCGGCCUGGUUGUACAGUGUAGAAAUAGCAUGCUAGAUAUACUGCCUUGUAUAGAUUAUCCAAAAUUUUGUGUCCAAUGUACUCUUUUUGUCCAAGUGCAGCCGAGUUAGGGUUGGCAGAGUAA